AUGACUGCAUUGCACAACAAUGUAAGAUCAUUGGGUCUUUCGAUAGUCAAGCUUGCUGGAUAUAGAGGAAUACAGAGAAGCGUAUCUGCGUCCUCCUCCAGAUAUCUAUCAACCGAGUCCCAAAGUGAAGAAACAGCAAAAGAGAAGCGAAAGACGAUCUUUUCCGGCAUCCAACCAACAGGAAUACCGCAUCUAGGCAACUAUUUGGGAGCAUUACAGAAUUGGGUAAAUCUCCAAAAUGACGCAGACAGGAAUGGAGAUGAACUAUUCUUUUCAAUCGUUGGUUUACAUGCAUUAACAGUGCCAAACGAUCCAAAGAAGCUUUUUAUCGAAAGAAGAGAAAUGAUGGCAGCACUUUUAGCAGUUGGAAUUGAUCCGAAUAAAGUUACUCUAUUCCAUCAAGAUCAGGUACCAGAGCAUACAGAGUUGGCUUGGAUAUUAAAUUGUAUCACGCCGUUUGGAAAAUUGAACAGGAUGACAACUUGGAAGUCAAAGCUGGCAACCCUUCGAUACAGAGGGUCAGAGCAGGGCAUCGAUGAGACGGGUUUAUGCUUAGGUCUGUUCGCCUAUCCGGUCUUACAAGCUGCUGAUAUCUUACUCUAUCGAGCAACACACGUACCCAUCGGAGAAGAUCAAGUUCAACAUUUAGAACUUUCAAGAGAUUUAGCCGAUUUAUUCAAUAAAACAUACAAGAAACGACAAUUUCCUCUACCACAACAUAUCAUCACCCCUACAAAAAGGGUUUUAUCUUUACGGAAUCCGAAACAAAAGAUGUCUAAAUCAUCUCCUGAUGUCAAUUCACGUGUGUUGCUAACCGAUUCGGAUGAUGUGAUCAAAGGAAAGAUCAAAAGGGCGAUAACGGAUACAGAACCGACGAUCUCGUUCGAUCCAAAAGUUCGACCUGGAGUGAGCAAUUUGUUGUCAAUCUUAUCGGCUUUGGAUACAAUAAGAUCACCGCAAGAAUGGGCGGAUGAGUUGAAUCAAAGAGCAGGCGCAGAGGGUGGAGCGGGAAGGAUACUGAAAGAAGCUGUAACGGACACAGUGAUUUCUGCAAUCCGACCUAUAAGAGAAGAAUAUCAACGAUUACAAAAAGAUCCAGGUCAUUUGCUCGCAAUGGAACAACUUGGAAAAGAGAAAGCACAAGAAAGAGCUGCAAAGAUCAUGCACCAAGUUCGUCGAUUGGUAGGUCUCACCUGA